AUGAUAUUUGGACUGGGCAGACUGUUCUACGUUGUUCUGCUACUUAUAAAUGCCGUUGCAGUUUUGAGCGAAGAAAGAUUUCUAAGAAGAAUUGGUUUGGGAUCAAAUUCUAGCCAGAGCCACGCAUUUGGUCAGCAAGAAAACUCGGCCAAGUCGAAAGUUAUACAGCUGAUAAGCGCCAUUCAAACAUUACUUAGAAUCCCCUUAAUAGGAAUCAAUAUCUUGGUCAUCGUUUAUGAGCUUCUUCUAGGAUGA